AGAAAGCCUGCUCGCAGCAGCAAAGACCCAGUGUAGCCGAAAAGUUUUAAAUUAAAAGGAUCUCCAGGAGCUUCUGUUCACCUCUGUGAACUCUUGAAGGGACCCCGAUGGUGUGGCCAAGCUGAGAAUCAGGGCUCUGCUGUCUUCCACUGGGUGUUUUCUCCUUUCUCUAUGAGCCCCACGGUCACUGACCUCCUGGGGACGAAGCCAAGCCAUCAGGGUUUCCCUCCGGACAGCGCUGGUCUUGUGCCCCACCUUCACCCCCUCUUCGCUGGCCUCCCGGCCACCCCCAUUUUCCUCCUUCCCUAGUCCUCUGGGAACCUGGACACUGCCCACCCACCCGCCCAUCACCAAACCUGCCACCCCACCUGGGCCGUUGGCCUGUGUGACAGAUGUCCCCCGCAACAGGAAGUCCUGAGUCCUGCUCAGAGCUGGAAAUCGGGACUGCAGGGAAGUGUUGAAAUGAGGAAGGCGUGUUGAGGCAACAAGGGCCAGCAGGAGGGCCUCACCCACCCAGCUCACUACUGAGUAAGCGUGAAGCUUACCAUGCCCCUUCCCUACUGAGAACUACGCCUCCUCUCCCAUGGAGGCCCUGGCUGGAGGUGGCCUUGCCCCGCCUCUGUUGCCAGGAGGCCCUCCUGGCCUGGCACAAGUCCUCCCUGGAGUCCGAAGGCCAGAACAUGGCAGGACUGGGGUGGCGGUGAGGGGGCAGCAGAAUCUAGAAGUGAGUGACUGUUGGGAGGGAUUCUGCUGACACGAUGCCCAAAGCUUGCAGGGCAGGACAGGAAUUCAAAGAAGCACUGACAGGAUCUGAGACCAGGCUGGGGCUGUCCCCGCCUCUGCCCCUUCCUCCCCUCCCCUCCCCGCCUGGCCAGCAGACCCCACCCCGUGGAGCAGAAGCCACAGUCACUUCCUGAAGGCAGCGGUCCUGACCUGGGUCCCACUCGCCUUGUGGCCCGUCGCCCUCCUGCAGCCAUGGGGAGUCAUCAGGACUUCCGGAGCCUUCAAGCAAAGUUCCAGGCCUCUCAGCUGGAGACUGGCGACCUCCCCAAAAAGCCCCCGAAGCCUGAGUUCCACAAACUCCUCAGAAAGUUUCCACAGCCUGAGCUAGGCGAGCACCCCAAGAAGCCCCCAUCGCCUGAGUUCACUGACCUGCCCAAAAAGCCCCCCAAACUUGAGUUCAGUGAACUCUCCAAGAAGUCCCUGCAGCCCGAGGCCACACCACUUCCCAGGAAGCCUGAGGUCCCUGAGGGCCCCCCUCAGAAGCCCCCGCAGCAGCCUGAGCUCAGCAACACCCCCAGGCCCCCUGUGGAGCCCAAGUUCAGUACCCUUCUUCAGAAGCCCCCGCAGCCUGAGUUCUCUGGGCUCCCCAGAAAGCCCCCGCAGCCUCAGGUCGGUGGCCUCCCUAAGAAGCCCCUGCCACAGCCCGAGUCCACUGAGGUCCCUCCAGUGCCCCUCUUAAAGCCUGAAUUUGGUGAGCCCCACCCCCACUCCUCAGAGCCUAACUUCAGUACUCUUCCCAAGAAGCCUCCGCAACCUGAGUUCUGUGGGCUCCCCAGAAAGCCCCCGCAGCCUCAGGGCGGUGGCCUCCCUAAGAAGUUCCUGCCACAGCCUGAGUCCAGUGAGGUCCCUCCAGUGCCCCUUUCAAAGCCUGAAUCUGGUGAGCCCCACUGCCACUCCUCGCAGCCCGACUUCAGUACAUUUCCCAGAAAGAUCACCCGGCCUCAGAUGAAUGACCCCCCCAAGAAGCCCCUGCCACCUAAGUUUGGUGACCUCACCAGGACGUCCUCGGAGCCAGAGGUCAGUGUGGUUCCCAAGAAGCCACGCCAGUGUGAGUUCAAGGCGCUCUCCAAGAAGCCCCCGCAGCCUGAGCCCGCCAGCCUCUCGAGGACGUCCUCGGAGCCCGAGUUCAGCGUGCUCCCCUCCAAGUUUCUGCAGCCCGAGUGUCGGGGCCCUCCCCGCAAGUUCUCGCAGCCAGAGCCCAGUUCUCUGCCCAGGAACCUCCCGAGAAAACCCCUGCUCCCUGGCUCCUUUUCAGAGAGCUCGCUGCCCUCUGCCGUGGCGGGCUCCAGCCCCCGGGUCCCUCUCAGCCCAGGGUUUGGGGCACGGCAGCAGAGAUCAGGAGCCCUCGCUCGGAAUCCUGGCUCCAGGCUAGGUCUCAGACCUGGUCACCUGCCCCGGCGGAGGCCUCUACCCCCGGCCAGCAGCCUGGGCCCUCCCCCAGCCAAGCCCCCACUGCCCCCAGGCCCCAGGGAUAUCCAGAGUUUCCGGAGAGCUGCAGACACAGCUCUGCCCAGGACCUCCUCUUCUGCUGGCCUCCACUGCAUCCCACAGGACCCGGACGAGGUGUACGAUGAUGUCGAGCCCACGGACCACUCUGGACCUGGCCCCAGGAGCAGAGAUGAAGUGCUGUCGGCUCAGCAGUACCUGUGGAGGCCACCGCAAGACCCAGAGCUCAGGAAGGAGAAGGCGCCCCUCCAGCCACCACAGAUGCCACCCAUGGACCCGAAGUCCCUGAAGCAGCUCCGGAAGGCAGAGAAAGCGGAGCGGGAGUUUCGGAAGAAGUUCAAGUUCGAGGGGGAGAUUGUGGUUCAGACAAGGAUGAUGAUCGACCCCAAUGCCAAGACCCGCCGUGGGGGCGGCAAGCACCUGGGGAUCCGGCGUGGGGAGAUCCUGGAGGUGAUCGAGUUCACCAGCAAGGAGGAGAUGCUGUGCCGGGACACCAAGGGCAAGUAUGGCUAUGUGCCAAGAACAGCUCUACUGCCCCUGGAAACGGAGGUGUACGACGACGUCGCUGCCUGGGAUCCUUUGGACAGCCAACCAUUGCCCUAGGGACAGUAAGGCCUGCAGGUGUGGAGAUGAAGGACAGCCCACCAGUCCAGUCACCCGCUAAUAAGGAGCCCUGGACCCUAGCGGGGCCAUCACAGAACC